AUGAAGAAAUUACUAGGUACACUCUUCUUUGGAUUUGAUAAAGACGAAUGUCCUAAAGACACAAUUCCUAUUCGGAGAACAACCAAAGAAGAUCUUAUUCAAGAAAAACAACUACGAAAUAGCAGUAUUUUUACCAAAGAUGUCUCUGGUCUUCACGUUGCAGAAAUAGGUGUUUCUUCAAAAUUCGGUCCAUAUUAUGAAGUUAAAGGAAGAACUAGCAUUUAUAACCCAAGAGUUAGUAAGGGUCAAAUGUCACUUUCUCAUGUGUGGGUUCAAAAUGGAGGUGAUAACAAAAUCAGUGCUGGAUGGCAGGUGAGUUCGGAUUUGUACGGUGACAAUCGAACCCAUUUUUAUGCAUCAUGGACGACAGACAAUUUUCAUAAGACGGGAUGCUACAAUGUUCGAUGUCCAGGUUUUGUUCACACUAAUAGUUAUGCUUAUCUUGGUGAAUCUUUUCAAAAUUCAUCUGUGUAUGGUGGACCAAUUUAUUAUUUUUCCACUUCUAUUAGUCAGGAACCAGUGUACAAAGACUGGUGGUUAUAUAUAAACAAUAUUUAUAUUGGAUAUUUUCGAGCAAAAUUAUUCUCCAACAUGAAUUCAGCAGAGAAAGUAGGAUGGGGUGGAAGAACAUUAACUCCUCGAGGUUCUUCUAGCCCUCCAAUGGGAUCUGGACAUUUUCCUGAUACAACUCGCAACGGAUAG